AGAGUUUUAGGUAUUCAGAAUAAAUCACGUAAAACGUCAAUCUUACCUUGCUAAUCAACCGCGUGGCGGUGGCGACGAUUUACGGAAAUUACCGACCAAAUCCGACGGGAGCGUUCGGGAGGUCAGAAGGGGGUCAUGACGAAGUAAACAGAAUGGGAGGGAACAAAUAGAACCGAAAAAUGACAUCCAUGUUUUAUUACAGCGAGCAGUUCCUGGAUUGAUCUCUUCUGGGAUUGGAAUCGAUGUCAGGAAUGGCGGCACCUCAGGACGGCGCAUUGCAGGCAGCCAUGGGGCUCGUAAAGGAAGCCAUUCGUCUAGAUUCCUUGGAGAAAACUCAGGAUGCCUACAUCCAAUACCUGGAAAGUGUAGCUUACAUCUCCCAAGGCCUUCUCACAGAGGCAAAAGGUCACACAGGACCAGCUAAUGUCAAGAACACCAAACGUCUACUACAGCUUGCACAGCAGUGUAUAGAGAGGGCUUCUACUGUCACUGACAGAAUGCAAGAGUCACAGUCACUUCAACAGUCUGGAAUGGGGCCAGCAGAAGGUUCACCUGGACCGACAGCACCUGGGAAUCACUCAAUGCAGGCAACAGCUGUCAUGGGAGCAUCUGCAGCACCUGGCUACCAAUCCCUGCCACCUGCAACAUCUGGCUACCAAUCCUCGCCACCUACAGCACCUGGUAACCAGUCUCUGCCACCUGCAGCACCUGGCAACCAGUCCCUGCCACCUGUCACACAUGGAAACCAGUUCAUACCACCUGCUUCAGGUGCUGCAAGAACAGCACCCUUCCAGGGUAACUUGAGGUCAACUCUUCCAACAUCUCCUGCAUCCUCAAGGAGGAUGCCCCCCAGCCCACUGCAGAAGGCAUACCAGGACAACCAGAAACUCAUGGCUGCUUACCAGGCCCGCAUGACCAGGCUACGGGGGCGCAGGGACAAGGGACAACUGAACCUGUCCCUUCAGAGAAGGAUGAUUGAGAACAUGGCCAUUGCCAGGGCAAAGCAAGAAGCUUUGAAGAGGAAAAUGGAGGAGAGACACAGACAGUACCAGGAAGAAGCUGCAAGACAGUUUACUUCAGUUGAUGGCCUGCCCCUACCAGAGGACCAGUGUCAGGAGCUGUAUGCUCAGAUAAAGGAAUUCGAGGACCAGGAGCUGUGGCUAAAGGCCUGGAGAGCAAAACUGGCCGAACAUUCCGAAGACCUGAAGCUUAUUGAAGAUUUGGUCAAGCAGAUUCUGAGUUGUCAAGAACAUCCCAUCACCAAGAAGAUGCAGCAGUUCCAGUUGAAACUGUACGACAGACUACAUCCUCUCGUAGAGAAACUCCAACAGGAGCCGGAGAAGGUCACUGUUCCUUACAUAGAAGACUUGACUGACCUUGAACAUUAUGGAUCAAGGUCGACUGAACAGUUGUCAUCAAGUCAAGAAGAAGACUCUUUGAAUGCUGUUGUUGAAGACAAGUCUGACACAGAUGAAGGUCCUACACAGUCAGAAAGAAAAACAUCUGAAGAAGGACCUGGAGAUAUUGCAUCUACAGGUGAACAAAGUUCACUCUACGAGCAAAAUGCUUCAGAUCAAGCAUUGGAAUCUUCGGAUGAAACAGUUGACAAAACAGGUACAGAAGGUCCAGGGGAUUUCUCUGAUACUGUGAGGUCAGUACAAGAUGACGUAAAAAGUGCAAUUCAGAAGGGAGAGGAGUUGGUUAGUAAACUAAAGGCACAGUCAAAUACCCCAAGAAGGGAUUCCGAGGACGAUUUAGCAUAUCUGCAAAACAACAUGGACGACAUGUUUGAAGACUUGACUGAGGAGUGUGAAGAUGAACCUGGGAACAAGACUGAUCAUGACCAAUCACAAGAGGAGGAUGGGGAGACUGGGACAGAGAAGCAGGAGGGGGAAAAGGAAGAAGAAGAAGUUGAGAAGAUGACAGAAGAUGCUGUGCAGAAACAUCUCGUUCAAGUCGUAAAGGACAUCAGGGAGUUUAUGGACCACGUUUUGGCCAUGUUAAUUGUUGGCUACCGUGAGCUGAACAGUGUCGCCGGGCGGGACCAGUGCCUAGCAACCAUGGAAGAACCAUUUUUCAGCCCUGUCUGGUCCUGCGUAGGUGCUCUUUUCAGGCGAGCAGACCACAAGAAAGAAGUUGUGUUGGCGCGAGCGAUGACCAGGUACAGCCAUGCUCUACCUGAGGAGCUGGGCGUUCCUGAGAGGCUGUGUGCUGCUAGUGUGGAGGGGACAGCGCUGUACAAACCUGCUGUCAACGAGCUCAGGAGAGUCACUUCUUGUAACAGUCCCAUCAGCAAACUAGAGUGCAUCGUCAGAACAUGUAGAGCAGUUUGUGAGUGUGCUGAUCAUGACACCUCAGAGGGAGCAGCCCAGAAGACAGCAGCAUCUAUUGGUGCAGAUGACCUGCUCCCCCUACUGAGUUAUGUUAUACUGCAGAGUGAACUGCCACAGCUCAUGUCUGAGUGCCACAGCAUGGAGGUCUUCAUCAGAGAAGGAUAUCUGCUUGGUGAGGAAGGAUACUGUCUCACUACACUACAGACUGCACUUGACUAUGUGGCGUCACUGGCAAAGUCAUAGUCAUACACACUUUCAAAGAGCUUGUAAAUACCUAAGUACCAAGUGGAACAUUCAUUCCUGAAGGUUUUUAAAACCACAUUUUUUACAUCUCAACAUCUCUUAGAAAUAUCUGCUGACAGUGCAAUAUGCUUUUCCAAAGUUAUUUUACCAAUGUAAUGUUAGUCAUUGAUAUGCUGAAAUAAGGUCCUGAAAUAAGGUCCUUAAAAGUGAUCUGUAUUAUUUGUUUUGAAUGCCUUACUGCUAUAAUUCAUAUAUAAUAGCACUGUUAUCUUUCCAAUUUUUAUGUUACUGCUUGAAAUGGACAAAACACACUAAAACAGUAAAAUAUAUAUAAACACUGUUUUUCUCAUCAGUACUCUACAUUGUAGUGUAGCAAAUAUUUACACAUGUUCCUUACAAUUACAUUGUAUUCACAUGGAGUUCUCCAAAGUGUUUCUAACACAGCAAUGGACAGUGGCAAGCCAUUUUCCGUGAAGUACACAUGAGACCAUGUUGCAUACAAUUAUAAAGGAUCCUGCAAUCUGAGAAUAUUAUAUUGUAAUCUAGAAGUAAUUUAUGAUGUAUGUAAAACAAUUGGCAGGAAAGCUAUUGAGACCAUUAAAUUCUGUGAGCAAAUUGAA